UUCGGCCGGAUUUGGGGAGAUGGAAAUUUUCCUCCGUACAGCCGUGAACAAUAUUUUAUCGUCAUUAGUUCGAAACACCGUCCAGAUUGCAGUGAAAAGGAAGCAUCCUUUCUGAAAGAGAAAGGUCAGCACCUUUGAAUACCGAGUGGUUUUAGUUUGGAAGCAAAAUCUUCAGUGUUCAAUUUCGCAUUGUAAUAGCUCGCUAUCCCAGGUUACAUUGCGGCUGACGUUGUAUUUGCCGCAACAGCAACAGCAACAGAGAAGUCUAUUUGCUGAUUGUAAUCAUCCAUCGGCCGAAGCGCCUUUUGCGGUGUACAUUUUAUAGUUACCUGUUCCAUAUGCAGUGAUCCCAGUGUAGUGCAUUGGUUACCAUUUGGUGAAGUGUUUUGAAAAUCGUGCAAUCAUACUUAACGAUGAGUCUGCUGCUUAGAAACCAUAGUCAGCUGAUUGGCAUGAACCGCUACUACCGGAACAUUCACCCCAAUGUCCGGGUACGAUUCGCCAGCUAUCGAUCGAAGCGACCGAUCGGUGUCCUGAGCGCACAGUAUGAUUAUGUGUGCCUGGGGAACGCCAACUUCGGAAGCAACUCCAGCUCAUGGACACCGGCCGCCGGUGGUGUACGGCAGCCCGGUGGUGGGUUGGUUCUGCUGGAUGCCCUCGGCUACGGAACGCCACAGACGAUCCGAUGCAUUUCCACCACGAGCUGGCUUCGUGAGCAACCAUCCUCGAAGAUCGAGGUUACCGUACAGACGUUAAAGCAGACGCAAAAGGAGAAGGAGAAAGAACAGCAGGUGGCAAACGGGAAGGUGAGCAGCGCCGCUGGCACGGUUAAUGGCGCACCGGUCACGAAAGGGUUCACCGACAGUACCACCGUGGCUGCGGCCAGCGGUAGCGAAAAUGUUACCGGAGGCACAGCGUCGAGCAACGCCACCACGCCACAGACUGCGGCCCAAGGGGCGGCAGUGGUAGCGACGGCGCCGGUGGUGAAGAAAACACUCAAGCAACGGAUAUGGGCAGAAGUGUUGCACUACUACCACGGGUUCCGUUUGCUGUUCAUCGACAUCAACAUCAGCCGGAAGCUGCUGUGGCGUGUGCUGAACGGUAAAACGUUGACGCGUCGCGAGCAUCGGCUCCUUAUUCGGACGACCUCGGAUCUGUUCCGGCUGGUGCCGUUUUCGGUGUUCAUCAUCGUGCCGUUCAUGGAGCUGCUGUUACCACUCGCGAUCAAGCUGUUCCCGGGCAUGCUGCCCUCUACGUUCCAGACAUCCACCGACGUGGAGGACAAGUUCAAGCAGACGUUCAAGGUGAAGCUGGAAAUGGCCAAAUUCCUCCAGAAGACGCUGGACGAUAUGGCGGUGCAACACAAGGAGCAUCGGUCGCAGGCGGCCAAGGAUUUUACCGAGUUCUUUACGCGCGUCCGCACGACGGACAACUUUACCGCGUCCAACGAGGAGAUCCUGAAAUUCUCCAAGCUGUUUGAGGAUGAAAUUACGCUCGACUCACUGUCACGCCCACAGCUGCAGGCCCUAUGCCGGGUGGUGGAGGUUUCCCCCAUUGGCACUUCCAAUUUGCUGCGCUUUCAGCUACGCAUGAAGCUGCGCAGUCUCGCCGCGGACGAUCGUACCAUCCAGAAGGAGGGUAUCGAGUCGUUGAACCUCUCCGAGCUACAAGCGGCCUGCCGGGCACGUGGUAUGCGUGCCUAUGGUGCGUCGGAAGAGCGGCUGAAGUCGCAGCUGCAAGAAUGGAUAAACCUCAGUCUGAACGAGAAGGUUCCACCGUCGCUGCUGUUACUUUCCCGCGCUAUGAUGCUUCCGGAGCACAUUACGACCGGCGACAAGCUGAAGGCGACCAUUUCCUCGCUGCCCGACUCGGUCGGUACCGUCACGAAGGCGGCGAUCGGCGAGCGCGAGGGUAAGAUCGAUAACAAGACGAAGAUCGAGGUUAUCAAGGAGGAACAACGGCGCAUCCUGGAGGAGCGCGAAGAGGAGAAAGAAAAGCAGAAGGAGCAGCGCGAACAGCAGGAACUGGUCGACGGUGCACCGAUCCUGAUGGCGGACGGUACGGAUCCAAAAACGACCGCCCCCGGAAGCGCUGUGCAGCAACCGGAGGUUAUCUUUGCGCCUGCACCUGCAACCAAGAUCAUUCUCGAUCCGCUACCAAAGCCGCCACAAACGGCCGAGGAGAUCUCCAGUGUGGACCUGGAGGUGCUCGGCGAUGCCCUGGAAACGCUGGGCAAAAACAAAAAGUCGCUGCUGGUAGAGAAGGAGGAAAUGCGAGACCUGAAGGAAGAAAUUGCCGACUAUCAGGAGGACGUACAGGAGCUGCAGGAGGUUGUCACAUCCGCCAAGAACAAGGAAGAGGUGCAGGUGAAGGAAUCGCGAGCCGCCAAGCUUCUGUUCAAGAAGGUCAACUCGAUGAUCAACAAAAUGGACACGGUACUGACGGACCUGGAGCGCAAAGAGAAGCAACUCAAGGAGCGUAAGCACGCGGCAGAACAGAGCGAUGGGCUGCAGGUACCGCCCGCGGCCGAAGAGGAACUGGUGCGGAUAGAUGAGCUGAUGUCCGCCAUCAAGAAGAUUAAGAACGUUACGGACGACUCGCGGUUAGACCAGAUUUCCAAAAUUCUCGGCAAAAUCGACGACGAUCAGGAUGGACAAAUUAAGGUGGAGGAUGUGUUGAAGGUCAUCGAAACCAUCGGCAAGGAGAACGUGAAGCUGAACGCGAAACAGGUGGACGAGCUGAUCGAUCUGCUCGACAAGGAGGAGGUGCUCGAGGCGGAGGACAAGAUCGAGAAGGCGCUCACCAAGAGCCUGGAAGCCAAAGAGAAGCAAAAGGAGCAGAAAGAGAAGGAGAAGGAAAAGCUGCUCGAGCUGACCGACAAGGCAACUGAUCUGAGCGCCCUCGCGCCACCGCCACCGCCCGCGAUUUCCACCGGACAGCAGCUAGACGACGGUACGGCCAUCAUCAAUGCGGAUGCCCUGCAGAAGGUGGUCGAGGAGCGUAAGAAAAAUGCCAGUAUUAAUGGAGCAGCAGGAGGAAGUGGAAUGGAUGGUGUUGUUGGUGGUGGUGGUGGAUUGGCCAGCGAGGUACCUGCUCCACCGGUAGUGCGUAGCGAAUCCGGAACCGGUGCAACGAAGGACAAAACGGUUUAAAUCGUCAAGCGGCCACGUUGAAGGGUGCUCGGAAAACAACGGUUAUCGGCUGAUGAUGUGUGGUCUGUGGUUAGGCAAACGAUCACUGCAUCCUGCCGAGUGAGUUAACGAAGGGGAGAAAAAGGAUGGGAACCAGAAGGAGUGGUACUAAAUGAAUAGAGUACGAACAUUUCGAAGGUCUUACAAUAUGUGUACAAACAAACAAACAAAAAACAAACAACCGCCUAGAGAGAUAGAUCGUAAUUGAAAUACGCGCUACGCGACCCAUUUAUUUACGUUAGUCCAGAAUCCGCAUCGAAUGUCUUUCCUGCCGCCUUAUAGCUCCCAGUUGACCCAUACGUUCGUUGUAUUGGACGGUUCGUGGAACCGUUCUUCAUCCACCUGUGGUGUCGUACUUUCCUGUAAGGUUUCUGUUUUUUCCUUCGGGUCUCAACUUCAUAUGGGAACGAAUAUGAUGAACGCUUACGCGAAACAAUCAUCAUUAAUGGUGCUGUGGCGAUAGAAAGGAAAUAAAACCAUAACUAAUUUAACGUCUAAUGAA